CCUAGGUAUCUCCGAAGGUAUCUACUGUAAUGCUCCAAUCUAUUAAAAUACACGCCAAGUUAAGCGGUUGAUAUCAGCUCCCCUAUUGGCCUCGAUCCUGGAUAAUAUACUAUUUAGGUAACGUUUGUUCUUCCUAGAGUCAAUUAUUACUUGUGAUUCGUCAAUGCUCUCCCGAGAGAACGCAAUGACGAGCAUCUCUAAAUACCUGCAUCAUUGCCUAGUACCCACUUCAACUUUUGAUUGCUUCAUUUGGACUCUCCAAAUCCUAUGGUAGGAUGGGCGACCAUCAAAAUCCCCCGCAGGGCCAACAACCUCCCCGCAUCUAGACGAAGCUCUUUUAGGUAUCGAACAACUUGGGAAUAUCUGCCGAGCCAAGGUUGAGGGACUAGGUAUAGCCUAGUCUCAUGACAUAGUUGUUACAAAGACGUCAGCCGAAUCAAGGCUAUUCGUCAGCUCUAGAUGGAGUUCAUAUAUAUCCUAGGCUACUAUGUAGCUAUCAGGCUAGACCAUAGGUGUAUACGAAUAUCUAGGAGUGUCUUUGAACGCCUUCGAUUAUAGUCUCUUUUUCAAGUUGUCUUCAAGCACGAUGGCAUCUGAACUUGAAGAUUUGAAGGAACAGGUUUCCCUCCUCCGAAAGGAGGUCUCGCGCAUCUCGGACGAAGCUGAAGUGCGGAAAGUCCACUUCAAAUAUGGCUACUAUCUCGACAAGUGUUUGUAUAACGAGGUCGUGGAUAUGUACGCAGAUCAUCCAGACACCUAUGUCGAAUUCCUUGGAUCACGAUAUCGAGGAAAGGAGGGCGUAAAACGACUCUAUAACGGGCGCUUCCAGCAAAGCUUCGUCGAUGGCCGCAAUGGGCCCGUUCGUGGUUUCCUACUCGACCAUAUCAUGAUGCAAGAUAUCGUCGACGUCGAUCCCAGCGGAACCCACGCCUGGUGCCGGAUGCGCGCUCUUAUGCAGGCUGGGACACACAAGUCCGUGCUAGGAACCCAUCCACGCGGACACGUGCAAUGGUGGGAAGGCGGGCUCUACGAGAACGAGUACAUCAAGGAGAACGGCGUCUGGAAGCUAUUCCGAUAUCGAUAUUUCCCGUUCUGGCACGCCGAGCACGAGAAGGGCUGGUCUUUGACAAAGGAGAACUACGUUCCGUGGCCCACCAAAACCUACCCCGAGGACCCUCUUGGCCCCGAUGAGAUUAUCGAGCAGAAGAUGCUCUGGCCCGACACGCGCGUGGUACCUUUCCACUACCCGCACCCGGUGACGGGGAAGAAGACGGCCGACGACGACCUGCGUGCACCGCAUUAUGGCAAGGACGCGAGCACGGCCGAGGCACCGCUCACACUGGCACUGCCGGAAGGUCAGAGCCGACCUGGAGCGGGGAAUACCUGGGAGAGUGAGGGUUCAGUGAGGGUUCUGCCUGAUCUGGUUGAGAACGCGUAGAGUGGUGGGUUGCAUACAUAUAGCCUAAAGGGGAAUAGGGAGACAUGUCUAGAAUCUGGGGUAAAGAGUCCAUGACUUCGACCCACUUCUCCAACACCCAGCUUCUGGUAUCUCGUGGUAGAUUUGAUUCUAGUACAUAUGUCAAGUGUUCUGUCCUAUCCCUGUUGUAUCGCUGUAGAUAAUAACUGCCGGCCGCGUUAAGAUCGUGUCUACUUCUCCCCACCUUAAAUAGUCUAGUGAGUCGAAUUAUACUAUGCGGUAAUCAGGUUAUCGUAUGCCGUCGGGAUGUUAAGUCGGCCCCGACUAUGGUAAGAUGUUCCGGGGUGGUAUUUCACAUGAGAAUGAUAACGCCUUCGAGAGGGAUUUCUCAAUCCAAUCGUGUACUUGCAAUUACUAA